UUCUGCAUAAUAAUAACUUAUACAAUACAAUGAAAUAAAAAAUAAAUAAAUCGCGUUAUUGUUGCAACAAUACAAUAUCAUGUUGUUGUCGUUACGUCGAGCGGUUUGUUGUAGUUUUUAGACUUUUUUUUUUCAAAACCACAUACUCAUCGUUAUAUUUACAACUUACGAUACGUAUUUUAAUUUUCUCUCGCGACGAGCGUUCGGACAUAUCAAUCCGCGGUCGUGUUUCCCAUAGUAAUAUUAUCAUACCAGCUACUACCUAUCUAACGCACAAUGCCGCGCCUAUUUCGAACGUCCUCCGGUCUGCGGGUCCGGUGACUUGAACACCGGACGUUUCAAAAACCAAACGAUGCCUGUUGACCAGUUCGUUUGUCGCUCUUCAAUUCUGGUUUUAACCGGUCAGUGAUCUGAAAACUUUAAACACUAUGGAGUACACGUGGACGCUGGUGUCUAACACUGACGAUCAAGGUUUAGGCAGCGAAACAAGUCUGUUGAAUUGUAAUGUUCAAGGACCGCACUCGGGUCAAAUAUUAAUACUCUCGAACGAGUCCAGUACACAAGCCAUACAAAAUCAAACUUUACCUGAUAUUACAAGUCCGCUGGAAAAAGAUUAUGGGACGAGCCGGAUACACUCAAAUGAGCCCAGGAAACUUCAUCUCAUGCAUAAUAGGAGUGAUUUUGUAGGUGGUAUUGACAACGAAGCAUUGGAUUUUAGUCAUUUGACUGACGAGUUCAUUCAAAAUAAUAAUACAGAAGCCAAUCAAUUCUUUCACGAAACCGUCGACCAAAACGAUCACGUGAUGGUUCGAAUAAACACACCCUACCAACAAGAACCGCCUCAGCUUUUCUUAAAAAGCGCAUCGAUACCGCCGAUCGCCGACUUGUCAUUCCACAGUAAUACUGUUUUGUCCAAUGCCGGUUUGCCUAGUAAGCCUGUCAAGGAUAAGUCACACAAUUACACCAACAGGCACAACUUACCAGAAAGUCCGCCAGACUCCGAGCCACCAUAUUCGCCGGCCGACGGCGUUGGCCAAUCACCACAUCGAAGAACCCCUAAUUUGCAAUGUCUAAUAUCGGCCAACAAGGGUCAAAUACCAAUGAACCCCGGAACCACCGGGCUCUAUCAGAAACAACCCGUAACCACUAAAAUUCCACACCCGUUGUCCGUCCAACCUUUGUUGAUAAACCAACCUGGAUCGUCGUCUCACGUCACACAUUUAGAUUUUAAUCAAAUGCCGCCUAAUGCAAGGGAAAUCGAAAUACCCGAGCCCGAAUACACGGACUUGUUGAACGUCGCUGUGACGGAAAAGAAGCGAAAACUUUGUGCGGACAUUAUUGGAGGGAGUACCGGUGGUAGCAACGUCCGCGUCAAAAAAGAAACUGAAAAUUGCGUGAAAAAACCCAUAACCCACGUGUCGCCGUCGGGAAGAUCGGUUUGUAGCGAAGACAGUUACACGUACCAGGAUAGCUGCGAAUCGGGUUUGUAUAACGACACGAGUUUUCAGUGUAUCCGUUUCCAACCAUUCCAAGAAUCGUCGUGGAACACUCUGUGCGAUCAUUCUUUAAAGGAACUGCCAAUACCACAUUAUAGAGUGGAUGCAGAUAAAGGCUUUAAUUUUUCCAACGUCGACGACGCAUUUGUGUGUCAAAAGAAAAAUCAUUUUCAGAUCACAUGUCAUACACAACUGCAAGGCGAUGCACACUUCGUAAGAACCACUGAAGGAAUUCAUAAAGUUGGCAGUUUCCAUUUACACUUUUACGGUGUUAAGGUGGAAUCGCCGGGUCAAACAAUUAAAGUGGAACAGUCUCAGAGUGACAGAAGCAAAAAAGCGUUUCACCCAGUCUUGCUAGACUUGCGCGAAGAACAGGUGUCCAAGGUGACGGUGGGCCGAUUGCAUUUCAGCGAGACCACCUGCAACAACAUGAGGAAAAAAGGAAAACCGAACCCGGACCAGAGGUACUUUUACCUGGUGGUGGGCCUGCACGCGCACUGUAUCAACGACCACGACUAUCCGAUCGUCUCGUACGCGUCCGAGCGGAUAAUUGUCAGGGUAAUCCAAGCUUCGAAUCCGGGCCAGUUCGAGAGCGAUGCGGAACUGUGCUGGCAACGGGGCACCACGCCAGAGUCGAUUGUCCACACCGGCAAGGUGGGCAUCAACACGGACCGGCCGGACGAGGCGCUGGUCGUCCACGGAAACGUCAAGCUCACGGGGCACAUUAUUCAACCGUCGGACAUCAGGAUCAAACAACACAUACAAAAAUGCGACACAAGCGAGCAGCUGCGUAACGUGCAGAAAAUAAACGUGGUUCAUUUUAGCUAUAAACCGGAAUUUUCGUCGUUGUUUGGGUUGUCCCUGAAGGAAGCCGACACCGGGAUCAUAGCACAGGAGGUGCAAGCCGUCUUGCCAGAAGCCGUCACCAACGCCGGUGGCAUAGCGCUGCCCAACGGAAUUGUGUACGACGACUUUUUGGUCGUGAACAAAGAUCGGAUCUUCAUGGAGAAUGUCGGGGCUGUAAAAGAACUGAGCAAGAUCACCACCCAUUUGGAAGCUAGAAUAAGUGAGCUCGAACAGGACCACAAGCGUUGUUUGCUGUUAGCAGACAAUCAUCCGGGUAUAGCGCUAUCGGAUUUAACCACCACGACCUAUUCUAGCAAGCACAACGAUUACGAUUCCGCCGUCGAAAAACAUAAACUGUUAAAACCAACGAGUUCGAGUGAUGUCAACUGUGGAAAAUUUGUGCAAAUUUCCAUUAUAUCUCUUACUGUGGUUAUCGCGAGUUGUUUGGUUUUCAUAACCGGACUAUUUUUUAUGGAAUACCAUUACAGAAAUCAACUCACAUUCACAAGCGAACACGAGCUUAUCGUCAAACCGUUGAAUAUAAAUGCAAUUCAGGCCCACGAGAGUGUUGUUCAGCCGAAGGACACCGGUCAAUUACCGUUGGAAAUAGACGGAUUUUUCGACAAAGACAAACAUUUGACCUGCAUGCGGAUUAGGCGACUUGUAACCAACAGCAAGAGUUGUGAAUACGACAAGAUCAAAACGAAAAUGAAUGAAAUCAUUGAUGGAAAAAAGGAAGAGAGCAAAAAUGACGAUGAGUUCAUUAGUUUUAUCGUAAAAAUCGACCGUGUAAUUGACAUCGUAUACAAGGACGUCACGAUCGGCGUGUAUGGCAGUUACAGAAACUUUACGGCGGAAGCAAACGUAACGGAUGAAUGUGGCCGGUCGGAACUUCUCCAACAAUGUAGCGACAAGUCGUUGUUCGUGUACGGGUUCAAACUUCCGGUCACCAAACAACUUACCGACUAUUUUAUAAGCGUAUCUUAUCGCAUAAGCAAAGGCAGCCUGAACAGUUGUCCGACCAGCAUGUCCGUGUCGACGACUUGUCCGUCGGACCCGUACACCAGCCUGUGGGCGCUGAACGGCACUCGGUGGAAUCCGUCAGAAACGUCAUACGAUUGGCAGACUGACAAGUAUUCAGUUUCCGAAGACUCGGAAUCGGUCACCAUAAUCGUCCGGUACAAGCCGUGGUCGUACGAAAAGUUGAAGGGGUCAUGCAGGUCACCGGAAGACAAACGGACCUUGGCCAUCGUCGAGUACACCAUCUCUCUGCACAAGGAUUUCAGCGAUAUCUUGUAAAACAAUAUUAACAUAGUGAUAUAUUAUAAUGUACCUACCCAAUAAAUCUGCGAACAUGGCGACGGAAUGAUCGGAGACGAGACGGAAGUAAUUUGCGAAGCAGUUUAAUCCGCGGUUGUGCCUGCGCGGGAUUUUGGGAAACUAUUAUAAAUAAUAGUCUAUAUAAGUCUAUAUAAUAUUUUGAAUUUGAAUUCUUCGUUUUUAUUCUAUUCGGUAUCGACCGUGAUUCUUUGAACCAUAGAUCUAAGUAUUCGUUUUAUCCAUUAUUGUAACUAUUAAAAAAAAAAAAUGUUCAGUCGUCACCAACGGCGCCGUGUAAAUUUGAUCGAUUUCGCGAUUUUGUUGCACUUGUCGGACACAUUGCACGUCGUCCUAUUUACCUUCACACAUUGUACCUUUUGCUCACCUUAGUGGUUUAAAAUUAUAUAUUAUUAAAUAAGGCGCCUAACGUUACGCGCACCCUUUUUUCGUCUUAACAGUGUUAUUAUACAUUAAAAUACAUUCUAAAAUUAACAAUGAUCGCUAUUUACACAGUAUUUUUAAUUACUUGGGCAUAUUAUAUGUAUAAUAUAGACGUUGUGUUUCUUUUAAUCGAUAGAGUUCGCACACAAUAAUGACCAUAUAGGUAGAAAAAAUAUAGAUUUUGUUAUUUAUCUUUUACUAUAAUAUAUUAUAUUAAAUUAUAUAAUAAAUAUAAAAUACAGUUCGACAAAACGAACAUUGGUAAACUGUGUGUUGUAGCGAAGGAGGCGUUUAUCUACAAUUAUUAUUAUUACCUAUAGUAUAAUAAAAUAAAUGUAUUAUUAUUAUGUUUAUUUGCGUGUUUGUCGCCAUACGAAAUGAACGGCUUUUAGAAUUCAAGAUAUUAUUAUGUUUUUUUUUUUAAAUUAUAAAUUUAGAAUUAGAAAAAUUAAUUUCGCUGUAGGUUAAUAUUUGUACAAAUUGUUGUUUCUAACAACUAUUAUAAUAUUACGUUGUGUGAAAGGAGAAAUCCAAAAUGUUGUUUUAGUUGAGUUUUUUCAAUCAUGUUUUCCUCUUUGUUAUCUUAAACAAUCUAAACUGAUUUUUAAAUAGAACUAUAAUUCGAGGACACAAUAAUAUGUGUAGCUUUAGGAAAUUAAAAAAAACAUACAUUUUUA